UAUCCACAUGGUCAUCAUUCGGUGCUCCCGUUCAUACAGGACACUCAUAUGGGAGUGUCAUACGGGGAGGGGGGUGCGGUCAACCCUUUUUUCCUGUCUGAGCUUUGCGGACGGUUGCUUGCCAAAGCCCCCGGCAGUAGUCCGACUCGCAACUUGGUUUGCUCGUUCGCCUAUUUCCUGCAAUAACACCUCCGCCCUCGCCGCCACCCCAGGGGCCGGAGUUUGCAAUCCAAAUAAUGCUGCUGCCAGAAAGAGGCAGCGACUCUCUGGUUGCCUCUUGCGGCGGGUCACCUGGCCGGCUUGCAGCCUUUCCCCUCCCUUCCACCCCCACCUCUGACUGGCGCUGCUCGGGCGGAUUACCUAAACUGGACUAACAUGGAGAGGCUGGCGAGCGCCGGGCAGUGCGGCUGAAAGGGCUGGGAGCGCCUUGUCCUCCGCCGCCGCCGCUCGCGGCUCUUAAUCCGAAAAGCCUUCGUGAUCCAAAAGCCAUGGAAGAUUGCUGCCUGCCAGACCUGCGCGACAUCGAGCUCAAGCUGGGGCGCAAAGUCCCCGAGAGCCUCGUGCGCUCCUUGCGAGGGGAGGAGCCGGUGGCCGGCAAGAGCGAAAAGGACCGCGAGCCGCCCGGCGGAAAACCUGGGCCCGCUCCCGCCGCCGGCUUCUCCCCCGCCGUGCUCCGUGGCAACAGCUCCAGCGCCCUGGAAAGGCUGGAGACCAAACUCCACCUCCUCCGGCAAGAAAUGGUUGAUCUCCGAGCCACCGAUGUCAAGCUCAUGCGCCAGCUGCUGGUCAUCAAUGAAAGCAUUGAAUCAAUCAAGUGGAUGAUGGAAGAGAAAGGGGCCAUCACCAGCAGAGGCAGCAGCCUGAGUGGCAGCCUCUGCAGCCUGCUGGAAAGUCAAGAGACCUCUUUGAGAGGCAGCUACAACAGUUUGCAGGACGGUAGUGACGGACUGGAUGGCAUCUCCGUGGGGAGUUAUCUGGACACUUUGGCAGAUGAUAUCCCUGGACGACACACACCUUCAGACAUGGACCAGUUCAGUGACUGUUCUUUUAUAGAUGACUUACAGUCCCUACAUAAAUACCCCAAGCUUGAAUCUGAUGAAUACUACUGUUUUGGUUAAUUAUAGAAGAAGAAGUUUCAUGAGGGACGAACAUGCACUUGUAUUUAUGAUUCCAUGUGCUGCUAUUUGUGUUAAGCAUUUUUAAAGCACCUUUAGAAAGGACAACCAAUUUUAAUUCUGCUUUAGCAUUCUCUUUCUGUGUUGCUCCUAGAUUCCUUUUCCCUCCUGAUUUUUUUACCUUCCUAAUUUAUUGCUGUGAUUUUUCUUCUCUUUAAUAAUAUUACUUUCUACCAAUUUUUACAAAAAUGAAGGUGAGGGAAAUUAACGAUCUUGAAUACAAAGUGCAGGAAUGAAAUUUUAUUAAAUUCUGCAUCUGACUUACAAUAAAACACUUCCUAUUAUCUGUUA